UUGGCCGUACAACGGCUGUCACGGCCGGCUAUGAUUCAUUUCCCAAGAACAACAACCAGUGCGUGCUGAAGAAAUAAAAGCCGAACAAGAAGCACUCCCUUUUUCGGAGGUGAAAAGAUUGACCAUUGUGUUUGUGUGUAUCUGCGAGUGGAAUACAUCGCCCAAACGCAAUGAAUUUGAUCAAAUUUCUUGCACUUCUACUAGCUGUAGUGCAUUGCUCUACAACGAUUGCCGCCCAAAGCUUGAAAUGUGCGAACGAACAACUGGAAUACGCCACCGACAAACGGGAUGAGUUUUGUGUGUUCCGUGCAGUUGUGGUGAAGAAAGGAGCGCCGGAACCCGUGUUCGAGAACAGUGCCAGCACCAAGGUGGCGUUCCUCGACUCUAACUUUACCCGCCUACCGGACCAGUUCUUCCAGGCCUUUCCUCAGCUUGAAUGGCUGGUGGUAAUGAGCAGCGGUCUCGAGGUGCUGACGAUCAAGAACCGGAUGCGGGUCGUGCACGCUACCGGGAAUCAGAUUAAAAGCUUGCAGGCUGAAGGUACGGCAGGAGCGAAGCUAACCACACUAUCCCUGCGAGACAAUCCCUUCGCGGACGUCACCAGCAUUGCGAAGCGUUUGCUUGGCCUGGAGGUGCUGGAUCUGAGCGGCACGGAAGUCGCCGAGGACGAGACGAUCAAGCUUGCAGUCUUUGCCCCGCUGGUAAAUCUGACCGAACUGUACCUAGCGCGCUUGGAAGCAGCAUAUCUCGAAAAUGACGAAGAAAUGGAGCUUCCUUCACUGAAGGUGCUGGAUGUGUCUGGUAAUUUCUUCACGCCGAGCAACUUUAAGCUGCGCGUGUUCCGGACCCUGCCCAACAUGGAGGAACUGUUUCUGCGUGACGCGAGCAUGACGGAUCUAUCCGUAACGGACAUCCGUCGUGACAUGCCCGCCGUCAAGCGUAUCCAUCUCGGGGGUAACGAUUUUAACUGCAAGCUGCUGGUGGCACUGCUGGCUCACCUGAAGGAGCGCGACAUUGAAGCACCGGGACAAUCGAGCAGCUGCCCGCAGGGCUACGACAACGUGGAGGGACUGUGCUGCAAAUCGCACGGCAAUGUGUACCCCCCGCGUCCCCCGACCGGCCCUACUGCUAGCCCACCAAAGGAAGAACUGGACACGACCACCGUCACUCCCACUGCCACAAAGCCACCAACGGGUCCGUCCACACCGAUCGAUACGACCAAAACGCAAGUGAAGGAAAAGGAGAAAGGCUCUUCGAAACACUAUCUAAUUUACGGUGGCAUUACUGUGGUGCUUUUGAUCGGUUUGUCUGUGAUUGGAUUUUUUGUGCACAGACGUAACGCAGCCAAACGGCGCCUACCGAUACCAUCGUCCGACAAUCAAAUGCAAGACUUGUAAAGCAACGAAUUCAGGGGGCGUAGAGGUUAAAUAGGAUUUAAGUGCAGGAAAGGAAACUGAAUGAAUACUUCUGAAGUAAACGGUUUGUUGAAUUUACAGGAUAACAGUUUCUGACUGAACAUUUUCGGUUGCAGUUAAAAAUGUUUUUUUUUUUACUUUUUACGUCAUAAGCCGUGCCUUCUAACAAUCACCAUUUCUCACCACAUUUGAAUUGUAAUGAAUUAUUUUUUUUUUCUUGAAUAAUAGAACUAGAACACUCGAAAGGAAUUGUGGCAUGAUGUGCCAAACCAUGAAACCAAACAACGUUUACUGGAAAUAUUUUUUCCUUUUUGUUUUAAAGUAUUUUAACGUUUAUUUUACGCCCACAAAAAGUACCAAAAUGAAUACAUAUUUUUAGGCAGCGAGAACGGCAUGGCCGUUUGGUAUUUUGAAAGGAUAUUUAUGUAUACAUACCAUAUGUAGCUUGAGUGAUAAGACGGCAAAACCCAUAAUCGUAAAUUUAUAUCUCGUCUUAAAGAAAAACAAAACGAAUAAAAGCCAUUUAACUAUUUCACUUCAC